AUGUCGACCUCCGUUCAGCCGUUGGUUUCUCGUGCUACCACUGCUGCUGAAGCAUGGGAAACACUCGCUGCAAUAACCGAAGUUCAUGAACGACUCCGUAAUCGAGAAGUCACACUCCAAACUGCAAUCACAACUACGCCAUUCCCAGUCUCUGCAAAUGUUGCUCAAUACCAUCGUCGUAGCGACUACAACAACAACAACAACUACACCUAUCGCAAUCACAACCGCUCUUCCCGCUCCAACAGCAACAACAACAACUGGCUGUAUCUAGGCAAAUGUCAAAUCUGUCACACACAGAGACACAGUGCUCGCCGCUGUCCGCAGCUCCACUCGAUUCAAGCCUCCGCUCCACCACGUUACAACACCUCAUUUACUCCAUGGCAGCCACGCGCAAACAUGGUGGCUACUACAUCGCCUCCGGCCAUUUCAGAUAGUGGUGCAACUCACCACAUCACAUCUGAUCUCAACAACCUCGCUAUUCACCAGCCAUACAAUGGUGGCGAUGAUCUCACCAUCGCCUAUGGCUCGACCAUGCCAAUCACUCACACGGGUGAAGGAUCUUUGUACGGGGUCCCAUUACUCCAAGGUCGGACUGCUAAUGAGUUGUAUCAAUGGCCUAUGACGAGUCCCAAUGUUGUUGCAAUGAUGUCUGCUGCUGGUCCACGCCCAAGCCUUCUCUCUUGGCACUACUGUCUUGGCCAUCCAACCUCUACUAUUUUACAUGCUAUUACUUCUCCCAUUCUCUCUCACCAAAACUACAAAUAUUACCUUAUUGUUGUUGACCAUUUCACCCGCUAUACAUGGUUCUACCCUCUUAAACGGAAGUCCGACGUGAAAAAAAAAAUUAUUGCCUACAAGGCUCUUGUUGAGAAUCGGUUUCAAACACGUCUUGGCACUUUGUUCACGGAUAAUGGGGGUGAGUUCAUCGCUCUACGGCGCUUUCUCUCAACAUAUGGUGUCUCACAUCUCACUUCUCCACCCUAUACUCCUGAACACAACGGUGUGUCGGAACGGAAGCAUCACCACAUUGUCGAAACUGGUUUGAUGCUUAUGUCCACCGCGUCGGUUCCUAAAAGAUAUUGGCCAUAUGCUUUUGCAACUGCUGUCUUCCUCUUCAAUCGGAUGCCAACUCCAGUUCUGUCCAUGCAGUCUCCGUUCCAGAAGCUCUGUCAAACAUCACCAAACUACGCAAAACGUCGGGUUUUUGGCUGCCUCUGUUUCCCUUGGCUACGACCAUACGCACACCACAAACUUGAUGAUCGGUCUCAACGUUGUGUCUUCCUUGGCUACUCGAUGAUGCAAAGUGCCUAUUAUUUCCUCCAUGUUCCCACCGGUCGAGUGUAUACCUCUCGCCAUGUCCAAUUCAUCGAAGAUGUCUUCCCUUUUCGUGAUCUUCCAAAACUGCCGGCUACAACAGAUUCCGUCUCACCGGCUCCGGUCCCGCACUCACCGGUUCUAGUCCAACUACCUCUGGUUGCUCCAUCACCAGCACCUCCACCUCUGGCCCAACAGCAACAAACACAAACCCACCACCCUACGACCAACCCAGCACAGCCCACGAACAACGUUGUGUCUCCGUCUUCGCCAACAGCUUCUCCGCCUCCGAGUUUGGGACCCCUGGACUCGAACCUUUGCCACUCCACCUCGAAAUCAUCUCAGGUAUUGUCUUCUAAGUCUUCUUCUUCUUCUUCUCCCUCUCCUACGGAGCCUACUGCUCCACAAGAAAAUGAGAUGAGACCCACAUCUCAGCCACUCCCUAAGUUUAAUGAGCCUACUACUCCACCUCAAAAUGAGUUGCGUCCCACAACUCAGCCACGACCACAAACUAACAUCGUUCCGCACCGAGCCCGUCCAAUUCAACCACAGAACCAAACAACGACUAUUGAACCACCACAAAAUAACCACAAUAUGCAAACCCGUGCCAAAAACAGAAUCACCAAACCAAACACCAAACUUUCUCUUCAUGUUGUCGCUUCUCCUAUCUCCCUAAAGGAACCUACAACCAUUGCACAGGCCUUGAAAGAUCCGAACUGGAGUCCUGCUUGCUCCAAGGAAUAUGAUGCUUUGACUAUCAACCAUACUUGGGAUCUUGUUCCACCUAAUGCUCACCAAAACAUUGUUGGCUGUAAGUGGGUUUUCACAACUAAAUUUCACGCCAAUGGUGUUCUCGAUCGUUACAAGUCACGCUUGGUUGCAAAGGGCUUUCAUCAACAAUAUGGUAAGGACUAUGCAGAGACCUUCAGCCUGGUAAUCAAAUCUACCACCAUUCGUCUUGUUCUUGAUGUUGCUGUUAAGAAGUCCCGGCCACUCAAACAACUUGAUGUCAACAAUGCUUUUCUCCAAGGUGAUCUCACUGAAGAAGUAUACAUGUCCCAACCACCUGGUUUUGUUGACAAGGACAGACCUCACCAUGUUUGUCGUCUCCGCAAGCCUAUCUAUGGCUUAAAGCAAGCGCCUCGUGCGUGGUGCAUGGCAUUGAAGCAACACUUACUGGACGCAGGUUUCACCAACUCACUUGCCAUGCAUCUUUGUUUAUUCACGGCUCUGGCUCCACUAUCACUUAUGUUCUGGUCUAUGUCGAUGACAUAA